AUGGCCGCUGGUGUGAUCCGGCCCCUGUGUGACUUCCGGCUGCCCCUGCCGCCCCACCGCUCCUUCCUGCCCUCAGACCUGGAGCCCCCAGAGACUUCGGAGGAGGAGGAGGAGGACGACGAAGAGGAAGAGGAAGAGGAGGAGGAGGAGCUGCAGGGUGAGGGACCAGGGGGCUGCAGCCCGGCCCCCCAGUGCUCAGGCUGGGCCGGGGCCACCCCGGAAGCAGCCUCUCAGGGUCCCGGCCGCCCCGAGACGCCGCUGCAGCUGCUGCGGUUCUCCGAGCUCAUCAGCAGUGACAUCCAGCGGUACUUCGGCCGCAAGGACAAGGGGCAGGACCCAGAUGCCUGCGACAUCUACUCCAACGGCAGCCCGGCCGGCAGCUCCGCCGGGGAGCUCUACUGCGCCGACCUGGUGCGCCUGGCCCAGGGCAGGCCCCGGGAGGAGGAGGAGGAGGCCCCCGAGCCCGGGGUCUGCUCACCUGGGGGCCCCGGGGGCCAGGCGCACAGGCUGAGCCUCGGCAGGGACAGGGCACAGCCGCUGGGACCCCUGGCCGAGCUCUUCGACUACGGUCUGCGGCGGUGCGCGGGGCCCAGGGCGCCGGGGGGCCGCAGAAUGAGGCUGGAGCGCAAGUACGGCCACAUCACCCCCAUGACCCAGCGCAAGCUGCCCCCGUCCUUCUGGAAGGAGCCGACCCCCAGCCCCCUGGGCCUGCUCCACCCUGGCAUGCCCGAUUUCAGCGACCUGCUGGCCAGCUGGUCAGCGGAGGCCUGCCCCGAGCUGCCCGGUGGGGGGGCCCAGGCCCUGGAGGGGACCCAGCUGGCUGAGGCCUAGUGAGCGGGCUGGGGGCGGCAGGGGCUCCUCCCUAUGGCAGCCCCCUCCCGGGACAGCCUCCCUGACCGCUGCACCCAGGGGUCCCAGCAGGACAAGGUGGGCACAGGCA